AUGGGUAGGGGUCCGAUUGCGCCAAAUAAGGACGCUAGAACACCAAAGGAUGAUGAAUAUGAGUUGAAUACUCCAUCUAGGCUCCUCAAUGCGGCCAAUGAAGGCACCUUAGCACCCGCGAAGGACACCUCGCCUAGCAAUCUUGAUCCAACGUGCACUGAUAUUCUCUUUCCGAACUACGUGAACAUGGUGGAGAUAACGCCCAUGCUGGUGAGCGCCAACGCUGCUGCUGCAGCAACCGUAAUUGAAGUCGUUAGCAAAAGCGCCGGCCAAACUCCGGCUGCGAUCUUUGAGCGCCUAAGCAGCGGAUGCAUGCUACUUGUCCAUACGUUCUCCCAAGACGUAAACACUACUACUUUCGCUGGUGUAUUGACAAUAGACCGUACAUCGAGCGUCGACCACGGUGAAACAGGAGAGAGCAUUGCAAUCCAGCUGAAGCCCGUUGAAGCAAUGACCCAAUAA